AUUAAUAUUGUUUGCGUGUGUAUAUAUAUAUAUAGAAUGUUGUAAUUGCUUGGCUAUACACAUCUCAUACAACCGAAAAUUCACAACAAUGGCUCUAGCUCCACAAAACAACCACCGCUCAAUGUUUGCUCCUAUUUCCGACCUAUACAACACUAAAAAAUUAUGGAUUCUUAUGUUAAGAGCUGUGCGUGUUUACUUUGUGCCGAGGUGGGCAAAAGGAGGGGAUUCAAUGGAGAUCAUAUUUUACGAUGAGAAUGGAAAUAGGAUUCACGCUCAUCUCAACCGACCGGAAAGAAUCAUUUCGGUUAUUCAAAGCCAACCGUGUUUGAAUGAUCAGCUCUUGAUUGACGUGAUUGGAAAGAUAGUUGCUCGAACAAGUGUUCAAACAAACUCAAAGAGAGGCUUCGAACAAAAAUUGAUGGAAGUUACUCUAGAAGAUCAUGAGGGGAAUCGUUUGGGUUGCACACUAUGGGGAGAAUACGUGGACCGUUUCAUGGAUUGUUUGACCCAAAACAACCAAGAAGCGGUUAUUAUGCUUUUGAGCUUUUGCCGCCCAAGACGCUAUAUGGGUUACCUGUGACUGCUAAGCCAUUUGGGAUUAGAAAGCUUACCAAAAACCAGAGGAUCAAUCCAUUUCUUCAUUUCGAAGAUGAACCAGACAAAGGAGGAAUUGGAAGUUUAAUUGAUCCAUGUUACAAGUGCAACAGUAAUGAAGAUUCACUUGAUAU